AAUAGGCGUUCUGUUUUUAAGUUAAUUUAAGAUUUAUCGUUAGAAAAUGGCACCUAAAAAAACGGUAGCCUCUGAAAAAGGAAUCGCAUCUUCUGAAUCACCCAAUAAAGAUGAGAAAGUGUCGGGAAAAGCUAAAUCCGAGUCCAGCAAAGCACCUGAUGUGGCAAGGAAAACCCACCUUCAUCCACCAACGAUGAUAAUGGUCAAAGAAGCGCUGAAGGAAUUGGACUCUCGAAAGGGUGUUUCCUCGCAGGCCAUUCGUAGUUACAUAACAGAGAAAUAUCCAUCUUUGGACCAGGUGAGGUUGAAGUACAUGAUGCGCAAGGCCCUGAACAAAGGAAUCGAGAGCGGGGUAUUAGCGAGGCCACCUAACUCCACUGCAAGCGGCGCACAGGGGAGGUUUCGGCUUGCAGUCAGGGGUAAAUUGAAGGAGCCCAAGCUUAAGGCCACUGAGAACACUGAUCCCAAUGUGGUGAAGGCCUCCAAGGCUGGAGCCAAGAAGACCAAAGAGAAGGAAGCAGUUUCUGAGAGAACUACAGCCAAAAAGGAGAAGACUUCAGAGGAUGCAAAACCCAAGAAGGCUCCUGGUGGCUCCAAGGUGGCCCCUACGAAGAAGCCCAAGGCGACGAGGCCUGCAGUGGAAGGAGGGGCUGAGGACCAGCCCAAAGCACUGAAGACUACCAAAGCAGCCAAGAAGGGCGAGGGGGCAGCCAAGAAGGGCGAGGGGGCAGCCAAGAAGGGCGAGGGGGCAGCCAAGAAGGGCGAGGGGGCAGCCAAGAAGGGCGAGGGGGCAGCCAAGAAGGGCGAGGGGGCAGCCAAGAAGGGCGAGGGGGCAGCCAAGAAGGGCGAGGGGGCAGCCAAGAAGGGCGAGGGGGCAGCCAAGAAGGGCGAGGGGGCAGCCAAGAAGGGCGAGGGGGCAGCCAAGAAGGGCGAGGGGGCAGCCAAGAAGGGCGAGGGGGCAGCCAAGAAGGGCGAGGGGGCUCCUGCUGCUAGAACCACAGGGAAACGAGGCAAGAAGGGAGCAGCUGAGUGACUGAUCUCCUUUCAUCCAAAUGUGGGUUUUAAAGAUUCACUGUUUUUGAAUAAAGCUUCUUUUUUGAA